CACUUUUACAGUUGGCAAUACAAUGAUUUGUGUUUUGAUAAUUUGACGUUAAUCAGCUGACCAAUUCUAAAAAUUAAAAUAACAUUUUGCAUCUAUAUACCCAAUUUUGCAGUGACAGACUGUGUGUACCAAUUGGAAGUAUCCCGCUUGUAGAGACCUUUUCUUUCAUCAUUAUGGGGCGAAUAUUCCUGGAACAUAUGGGAGGGACUCGUCUCUUUUCCUGUGCCCGAUGCGACACAAACCUGACAAACAGAUCCGAGUUAAUUAGCACAAGGUUUACAGGUGCAACUGGACGAGCAUUCUUAUUCAAUAAGGUCGUUAAUUUAACGUACAGCGAGGUUCAGGAUAGAGUUAUGCUAACCGGACGACACAUGGUGAGAGACGUGUCUUGUAAAUCGUGUGACUCGAAACUGGGCUGGAUGUACGAGUUUGCAACCGAGGAUAACCAAAGGUACAAGGAAGGAAGGGUAAUUUUAGAACGCGCCUUGGUCACUGAAAGCGAUGGAAUGGAAGAGAGAACCUUUAAUAAUCGGAAUUAGUUUAGUCUGAACGAUUUUGCUGUAAUUUCACUGCCAUCAUACAAUGGCAACUUGACAAAUGUCCUGCAAAAGCUCAUUGUAUUAGUAUAAGUUAUAUAAUAAUUAUUAUAUGUAAUUUUUGUAUUCGGUAUCACUGAAGCUGAUAAUAAAAGUUUAGGAUAA